AUGUCAUCCUCCGAGCUCAAAGCCUCCAAGGAGGCUCCCGCAAGCCAACGGGCCUCCAUUAGCUCCAGCGACGGUUCCUCACCCGUGCGACACAACUCGGACGGCCUGCAACGGCGCCUAGACAACCGGCAAAUCCAACUGAUCGCCAUCGGCGGUACCAUAGGAACCGGUCUGUUCGUGACCAUAGGCGAGGGUCUCGUCAAGGGUGGACCCGGAAGCCUCCUGCUCGCGUACACGCUCUACGCCUGCGUGAUGGCGCUCGUCAACAAUUCUAUCGCCGAAAUGGGGACUUACAUGCCCGUCUCGGGCGGCUUCAUCCGCCUGGCGGGCGUGUGGGUCGACGAGGCUCUCGGCUUUAUGGUCGGCUGGAACUACUUCUUCUACGAGGCUCUGCUAAUCCCGUUCGAAGUGACCGCGCUCAACCUCGUUCUCUCUUUCUGGAGCGACAAGGUUACUGAGCCCGGUCCCACGGCGGGCAUCUGCGCCGCCAUCAUCAUCGCUUAUGGUAUCAUGAAUGUGGCUGCUGUGAGCAUAUUUGGUGAAGCAGAAUUUUGGCUAUCUGGCGGCAAGGUGAUUCUCAUCUUCAUCCUGUUCGUGUUCACAUUCGUCACUAUGGUCGGAGGCAACCCAGCCCAUGAUGCCUACGGAUUCCGAUACUUUACCAAUCCCGGAUCCUUUGCGACGUAUCUUACUGCUGGUGAUACUGGCCGUAUGGAAGGCUUCAUGGGAGCUCUGGCGACCGCCACCUUCACCGUUGUCGGCCCGGAUUACAUCUCGAUGAUCGCUGCCGAGGCGAAGCACCCCAGCCAUUACAUCAAAUCAGCCUUCAAAACUGUCUAUGUGCGAUUCGGCCUCUUCUUCUUCGGCGCUGCUUUGACAUGUGGAAUCGUGCUGCCCUACAACGACCCGACCCUCCAGAAAAUCUAUCUCGGCGGAGGUAGCGGUGGCGGCACAGCCGCUGCUUCUCCAUGGGUCAUGGCUAUGGAGAACCUCAAAAUCCAAGGCCUCCCUCACCUGGUGAAUGCUCUGCUUUUCACGACAAUCUUCUCCGCCGGUAACACGUACACCUACUGCGCAACCCGGUCCCUCUACUCUCUUGCCAUCGACGGUCGCGCCCCAGCAAUUCUCCGGAAAACCACCAAGAACGGCGUCCCCAUCUACUGCUUCUGCAUCACCAUGAUAUUCCCCAUGCUAUCGUUCCUCCAAUGUGGCAGCGGUUCGGCCAAGGUCCUCAGCUGGCUGCUGGCGCUCAUUACCGGAGGGGGCGUGAUUAACUACAUCGUGAUGUCCAUCACCUUCCUCAACUACCACGCCGCGUGCAAGGCGCAGGGGUUAGACCGCCGGACCAUGCCCUACUACGGAUACCUGCAGCCCUACGGCGCCUGGGUUGCUCUCGUGCUGCAGACCAUUGUCGUCCUGACAUACGGGUGGUCGUCGUUCCGCCCGCAAUUCGACGUCGGCACCUUCUUCUCCAACUACACCAUGCAGAUCGUGGCUCCUAUCCUGUUUAUCGUAUGGAAGGUCAUCAAACGAACAAAGUACAUCAGACCCAAGGACGUGGACCUCGUCUGGGACCGCCCCAUCCUGGACAGGUACGAGGAGCACCUGCUCGUACAAGAGCCCCCAAGCAGCUUCUGGAAGGAAAUGGUGCAGAUGGUCGGGAUUGGGCGCAAGAAGGUGAUUGACGGUGAAAAGGCUUGA